GCAUUUAGAAGCACAGCAGCGUGACUGUGUGGGGCUCCUCCAGUCUGGUCCCCUUCUCUCCACGCCAACCACGAUCAAACAACUAUUUGCUUCCCAAUAGUAUACCAUGAGAGACAGCUGUUUUUAGUUGAAAGAAUUCAUUUUAUCAACGAGCGUCGUCGCCAGUUCGUUCCAUUCUCGCGCGCGCCUUUCAAAAGCGUACUACUGCUCGCUAGUGUUUGUUUUUGUUCCGUAACGUUAGUUAGGUGUAUUAUGUGAGUGUUCGUAUUUAAUAUAUUUAGUGCCAUCAAGUACAAAUGUGCAAUUGUAAAUUAUGGGAAAAACUGCGGAGGCUCUAGUGAAGCAUCCCAGAAUGUCUGAGCUCUUCGCGGAGCGCCGCAAGUCGGUUGCAGGCCUGAAGAGGUCCAAGUCGGUGAGGGCGAGUCUUCGGUCCAUCGGUACGAAGCUUCUGCACCAGAAGUCCAGCAACGAUUAUAUAUCAAGGAUGAACAGGUCGCCUUCCCUAUCCAAUAUACAUAGGAACUUCCUAGUGGAGAAGGAACCGGUGGAGACCAUCCUGAAGACUCCGAUGACUUCAAAGCAGCAAAGUUUGAGGAAGGAUUUCUUGAUGAAGGGACAGAACUGUAAGCUGACGCUAAGCACGCCGCCUCCGGUGAUUGCACCAAAGGCGGCCGCCCUUCUGCACAUCCCCAUCAUAGAGAACUGUGAGCCGACUAUCCGCUUCCGCCCUAGGAAAUCCCCAAAAAAGGACGACCGUCGAAUUGAUGAUAACGACAACUACGACGGUUUUGCUACACUUCAGAGGUCCUCCUUACGUCUCUCAAUCACCGCAAAAAAACGCGGUGGAAUGUGGAGUUCUGCCGCUUUUUCCUCAACAUCAAAGUUACCAACCGUUCCGAGCGAAUGCGAGAUGGAAGUGGCAAACGUUCCGCCGAUCCCGGCCCUAACGACGGCGCUGCCGCCUCCGGGCCAAAAGCCCACCAAAAAGCAGGCUAAAUUGCUGCAACAAAGGCUCGAUAGAUUAGCCAGGGUCAAUAUACAUCUGCACGCUCUCUUCGCGGCAGUCGAAAAUGGACAUCUGGAGAAGGCGAGGACCAUCCUGGAAUCCACGGACGUCGACGUCAACUGCUCGAACAACGACGGAAUUUCCCCGUUGGACGUGGCCGUCCUCAGCAACAAUCGACCCCUGGUGAAGAUGUUGAUCAGCUUUGGCGCCAAGGAAGGAAACCAAUGCACGGUCAAUCCGGAAAAAUUGGGCUCGCACCUGAAGCAGCUUCUCGGAGACGCUGAGAUGCGCCUGCAGGAAUUCGGGGGACUCCUGGAGGAGAACUGCGGAGCACCUCUGAAUACGAGAGCAUCCUUCUCCAGCAUCAUUGGAAAUGCCUAUCAUCCGUCUUCAGCGAUGACCGGCUGUGCGGGAGGUGAUAGCGACAAGCAGGCCAUAGCCUGGGGAAGGCGGGCCAAAACCCUCAGGAGAUUAGUGCUAGGCUUUACUCAAGCUCGACCACCGGAUCCUCCGUCCCUGGUAGCCGUCGAUAUUACCGGAAUUAAUACAGUUUUAGUCAGAUUACUCGAACCUUCGUCCCAUGAUUCUCAUGUUACAACCAAGUUUAAAGUGCAAUGGUCCACACGAGCCGACUUCGCUCCACUUACUGGAGAAUUGGAUAUUAACGAUAUAUCGAAGCCAAGCUGCACCAUAGAAUUGACCCAAGGCCGAAGAUACUUCUUCAGGGCGGCUUGCGGUAAUCUCAAGGGAUUCGGUGGUUACCUAUCCUCCACACCGGCUUCUGUUGUUCCGUCUAGCUGGAGGGAAGUGGAUGACCGCGAGGAGAGAUUUACAGGAAAAGUUAAGGACUUGGAGGUACUGACAGAUGAGAUGCGUCAUCUCAGGCCGGGCAGCGAAAUGCUUGAAGCGCCCGGUCAACAACGCCGUAUGCAACGGAAGAAGACCACCAUCAAGCAACUAUUCACGGCGGCCAGUAAGUUUCAAAAGAAUCUCAGAAGAGGCAUAUAUCUGGCAUGCAUCCUCUACCACGAAGACAAGGUUUUGGUUACCAAUGAGGACUUCCUGCCUGUGAUCGAGAUUGACGAGACAUUCCCGAGUUGCAUCCACAAUGAUCUUCACUGGUUCAUGAAGGUUGCGUGCAACUGGGAUGACACUAAGUCACUUAAAGCCGAUAUGGAUAAACAUUCCUCGUCAGCAAUCCAUUUUCGUACCAAACUUCUACAAGCCGCCCUCCAGAUGCAGUCCACUCUUUGUCUACAGGAUCUGGGUCAACUUUACUACCGCCCAAUUAAAGACUCCCAAGGAACUAUCGUUCUUAGCACGAUCAAUUACGUGAAAUCGCCGAAGAACGUUUCAGUUCUAAACUCCAGAUGGUUACCAAUGAACAAAGUGUUCAAGAAGACGGUCCUCGGAGAUGAUCACAGCAUCUCUGAGAUCCUUAUGUCUUCCAUACAGGAACAAAUCAACUACCAUCAAGUAUCCAGCUUAAAGUUAGCAAAAGGACUCUACCUGGUAUACUUGAAGAUGCAAAGCUCUGUAGAUCUCAUUCAAGUGGUGGUCCCGUCCAAGAGCCCGAACAUGCUGCCCCACUGUAAGAUCAGAGAUAAUCCGCACGUUUCAGCUGAGGAAUGGGAUUUCCUGAAGCAGCAACACAUUCAAAAUGAUUUGGACCAUUCCACUGAGCAACAGCGAACUUUCCUAGAAUUAGUUACCAGCGCCGCUAAGAGACUCUUCAACUAUAUGGAUAUAACGAACGAGGAAGCUCUCAACCAUAGACUGUACGAUACGGAGAUCAUCGAUUUAACUGACGAGGUCAGCUUUAUAGUGAUCUGUCCUUCUGCUGAAUUCUCUUGCUCCGUUCCGGGUCAGCGAGAAAUGCUACUCCAACGUGGAGAUCUCCUUAGCUUACCGAUACCGGUUUUUGAAAUGAUCCAUCUGAAUACAUAUCAGAACAAUAUCAUUCAGAGGUAUUCUCGGCUUAACUGCGUUUUGGAAUUGGAUUCGGCCACCGCAAACCAUUUGCACCGUGAGGCCUUCUCCAACAGUGAGGUUGCCGUUGCCAAAGAGCGUUUGAAUAAGUUGCAGGAUUUUCAAACAAAACUGAAUUUAAUCUGGCGCUGCGCUAGAUGGUUGAUGGAGGUGAUAGCCUUCGCCAGAGACAAGACAACUCAGGGUAUCUCGAUGAAGUUCAUUCUGGACAAAGAGGUACAUACGAGUCCGAAAAGGAAUUUGCUGCAGCUGCCGGCGCGCGACGGUAAGAUCGUGAAGAGUACGCCAGGUCGUGGAUCGUGGCCAGGACCAGGUGCUUCCGCUCAGCCGUCUCAGACUUCCGGUCUUCUCAAUGAAUUCAGCAAAAGUGAGCAACAUUUAAAUAUGACACAGAGCAAUUCGCAGUUUCUCAACGCCAGUGAUACGGAAUCUCGCAAGAACUCCGACAGCUAUGCCAGCGAUAUCUUCAACGAAUGUUUGGUUCCUUCGAGAAGCGAAGAUAUGCUUUUCUCCAUACCCAUGACUUCUGACCAGAGGAACAGGUCUAGCACCAUAAGCUCGGUUUCGGCGACCACUAGUCCUCUUCUUAACGUGCGUCCGAUGUACAGCGGAAGCCUUUUGAGCGUCAACACUAUUAAUACAACGAACACUUCCGAUAGUAUGCAUAGCUUGAGCUCGGACAGCGAUAAUAGCUAUCCGAUGCCGCUCGGUUGCAGCACACCGCAUAGGUUGUCCAAACCAAAGAACAAGAUGGUUCCUUCCAGGAGCAUGACGAACAUGAAGCAAAACAUCAUGGAGAUUACAACAAAGUCCGAGAGAUUCCGACCAAAGCAUCUAGACAUCGAAUCUAACUUCCUCUCUUCGAAUCUGGAUACUCAUCUCUCUAAAAGCCUGACGAAUAUCAAGAAUUCGACUGACGACAAGACGUACUUGAAACCGGCUGAUCAGAUUAGCCAGAAGCAGAAAAUUGCUGAUCCAACUUUUAAAGCUCCCGUGAAGGAGCUAGAGCCAGGCAUAUUGCAGGUCUUCGCUGCCUACGAAACUGGUUUAGCCAGCGGAACGAGCCUCAAGUUGCACGUAACCCCGAAGACGACAGCCAGGGAGGUUGUCGAUCUAGUGGUGAAACAACUCAAUAUGGCGGUGGUACUGAAGGGCAAAGAUGGUCCAAUUUAUCCAGCCGAGAAGUUGAAGAAUUUUUGCUUAGUCGCUGUAAUCGGCGCCAGAGAGCGUUGCCUGAGGGAUGACUUCAAGCCUCUUCAGCUGCAGAACCCUUGGAAAAAAGGCCGUCUCUACGUUAGGCAAAAGCAGGAUGUGUUGGCUGCGCUAGAACACAGCAGCAAACAAACGGCCAUCAUCUAACUUUGAUAAGAGAUGUUGUAUUACGAGAGAUUAAGUUAAGAAGACAAAGAUAACGAUAACAGGGUCUAAAAGAGUUUUAACCGUAGGAAUGAACAUGUGAAAGAAAACCUGUUUGAGUGGUGCUAAGAGAUAUUUUCGUUCGUUAAUUUUCUUGAAGUUUACUAAUUUUUUUGUUAGCAAUAAACUCGAGAACUGUAAAUACCAAAGUUAAAUUAAUCAACGCUUUCGUCCAUACGUGCAUGAUGGGAGGAGACUCAAUCGAGCGGGCAUUCUAACACCGAUUAACUAUUUUAUCCGCAUUUAGAUGAAAAUUAGAUGCAACAAUUAAACUGGUGUAUAUUUAUUAUAAAUGUUUUAGAGAGUCACUGUCUAUCGUGAAGAAGAUGAAGAACACUAAGUAGUCACAACAACAAAGUUUCCUUUGAUUUCAACGCUUCGAAUUUAUAUCUGUUUUUUUUAAAUAGUUUUGUUUAUUCUUUUCUUUUUUCGUAUUCUCGUUUGGCUUAGUACAAAGACCGAAGAUGGAGUUUUGUUAUAUUUUGUACAUAGUAUAUAAGAGAUUUAUUGUUUGUGUGGGAUCUAAAGACUAAAUCGUGUAUAGUUAAUUUAUAUGUGUGAUAUGUAAAGAUAAUUGAAAUAGCUUUAUUUUAUAGAGACCGUAUUUUUAUUUCCUUACAUUUUUUUACGUUUACUGUUUCUUCUUUCUUUCUCAAUUUUGAUUUCUUCAUCCGACACUGAUACGCAUUUCUUAGAAACUAAGUCUACAGAUAUUGGAAGAUUGAAGGGAAGGAACAUGAUUGCACUCCAUUAUUUCAAAAUGGAAACAAAAUGUUUUAAAGAAAUAUAUUAUAUAUUGUGUAAUAUAGAAAAUA